AAUUUAUGUCGUUCGAGUUCGACCUUACCGCUCCAUUUUUACCCGAAUUCAGCACAAAGGAUCAAUCCGAACAUCGUCAUAAGAUCCGACCAGUUCAGAUCCUUGCACCCUCGCCAAGCAACGGUUUUCGGUUGAAUGAAGGCGGAUUAAGCUCUGUGCUUGCUCAUUCGGCUAUCGUCAAUAAAAAGGUUGUCAUCAUCAGUGUCGCAGGAGCAUUCCGGAAAGGAAAAAGUUUUCUGCUCAACUUUUUUCUCGAGUAUUUGUAUUGUCUACAAAAGUCACAACAGAGUGACGCUCCCUUGGAAUGGUUGACAGACGACUGCCAAUUGCACGGAUUCCACUGGCGGGCAGGAGCAAAGCGAGAUACGGUCGGUGUUUGGGUGUGGGGCGAGCCGAUCAUGAUUGAAGCAGCUUCUGGAGAGAUGUACGCCGUGCUUCUGAUGGACACUCAAGGAACGUUCGACAAUACGUCCACCUACCAGCAAUGCCUAACUAUUUUUGCCUUGUCCACCAUAGUCAGUUGUGUGCAGAUUUACAACGUGGUCGAUAACAUACAGGAAGACGCCUUGCAGCAUCUUUCCUUGUUUGUAGAGUACGGUCGUCUGGCCAUGACGGAAGCUCAACGUUUCGGCAAACCAUUUCAGACGCUCGUCUUUUGCGUCAGGGAUUUUCGGAAUCCAGAAGAAUAUGGCUAUGGUGAGGAGGGCGGUAGCAAGUUCUUGCAGCAAGUUCUUAAGGUCACCCCCGAUCAACCAGAGGAGCUUCGGAGUGUUCGGGAGCAGCUGUCCGAUUGUUUUGACCACAUCUCAUGCUUCCUACUUCCUUAUCCCGGUUACCGCGUAGCCGAGCGGCAAUCCUUCAGAGGUCAUGUGAAAGAUCUCCGGCCGAUUUUCCGUGAGGAGAUGAAAAAGAUGGUCCCCGCUUUACUGAAUCCUCAUGCUCUUCAACCAAAGUAUAUCAACGGAAAACCGGUCACCUGUCGGAAACUCGUGCAAUACUUCAAGGAAUAUGUGAACUCGUUCGACGGUAAUACUGUACCUGUGGCAAAUAGUAUUUUGAAUGCAAAUGCAAAACUGAUCUGUAUAGAAGCAGCUCACGAAGCCAAAGUUGCCUACUGCCGAGGAAUGGAUCGAUCAACAGUGGGUUCACGAAUGAUGCCCGAGAAGCGAUUGCUCGAAGCCCACAUCAAGCACGGCAUCACUGCACUGAACAUCUAUGACAAAUGCCCGAAAUUUGGCUCAGCUGAGACCAGAAACCGCCUCUUGGAAAAACUUCAAGAAGACAUCAAUGCCGAAUUGGAACGGUAUAAACGGCUCAAUGCUGCGAAGAAAGUGACCGGAUGUGCUUCCGCAUUGACGGCUUGCGGUGACAGCGCCUUGCUUGGUGUCGGUUUGGGAGCCGCCGCUUCUGGAACUGUUGCCGCCACAGUUUUGACGCUUCAAACUGGGCUUGUAAGCGCAGGUAUGUGA